UUGCGGCUGGUGGUAGACCGGAGGGUUCACAGGGCUGUGGACCCUCCUUGUCGGCUUUGUCGACUCUCCCCCUGUGCUAGGUGACCGUGCAUCCAAACACGGGCGAUUCUGGUGAGAAGUCCGAGCUAAGGCUGAGGAGGUGGGCAAGUCUGCCUUCUCGCAGCGUCUGCAGGAUUGUGGAGGAGGCUCCUCUGGCUCUGCUGAUACUGUGGAGGGCACGGUGCCAAGUGGUGUUGCACUGCCUCGCAGUCAGGCAGCUGCCCUUGUCCCUGUGGGGCCCAUGAGGAUGGCGCACAGCAGGUGCUGCACCCUUACCAGGGGGUCCCCAGGCUUUCCCUGUGCUCAGGGUUGUUACUCAUGACACCCAUCAAAUCUCUAUCGUUUAAGACAGCAAAGGAAGUCCGUGAUACAGUUGUUCAACAUGGUGUGGGGUCUGCUGAAGUUAUGCACUUUCUCCGAAUGCUUGCUACUGAUGUGCUGACACCUUACAACACCUGUGCUAUGGCAUGUGGUCUUUUUGACCCUGUGGAAUUUGAUGUUUUUGAGACCAAGUGGGCUCGCUUGGCAGCCAGCGCAGUCCAGCAGAAUGCUAUGCUGGGACCACAGGAUCCCAGGUGUGUGAUUGGCACUGAUGUGCUGUUGGGCACAGGCAAUUAUGUUGAUCCUCAGGGGCAGGCAGGCUUCAAUCCCCUCAUGCUUGACCAGUGCCAGACAAUAGGCAUUGCAGCAAUGGUUCAAACCCAGGAAAUGACUUCUCCAAAUCAGCCAUUUGCAACCGUUGUCCAGGGGGCUGAUGAGCCUUUCAUGAAAUUUGCAGGGAGGCAGAUUGCCUCUGUGGAGAGGCAGUUGGCAGAUCCUGAGGCAAGGAGACUUGUGAUUGCAAACCUUGCGAGAAGUAACUGCAAUGCAGAUUGCAAGAUAAUCAUAGAGGCUCUUCCUGGGGAGCCUACUGUCCCAGAGAUAGCAGAGGCCUGUGCAAGCAUAGGCCCCUCAGGUCAGAAGAUGGCUCCCUGGGCUAUGCCACAGGGCAGCCAGCGACAGCAGGGGAAUGCUCAGGCCAGCAAAAAGCGGGGGAAGGAAGCACAGAAGGCCAAAAUUCCCAUGUUCUUGUGUGGCCAGUGUGGAAGGCCAAACCAUAUGACGAAUGUCUGCAAGGCGACCGUUCAUAUUAACGGCCAGUCUUUGCCGGGCUCAGGAAACGGGAAGCGGAGCGCGAAGGGGAGACAUGCCCAGGCACAAGCUUCUCUCCAGACCCCAGAGCCGAUGGAGAUUUGCUCAGCCAGCUUGCAGCCAGCACUCGCAGCUCAGCAGGUGUGGACGUCUGCACAGCAGCAACAGUUGUUUUAGAAUCUUGUCAAGUACACAAAGUUCCCCUGGAUGCCUUUGGUCCCCUGGGUGGGGGCAUGAGUGCUCUCCUUAUGGGGAGAUCUAGUGCCAUUCUUCAGAGCAUCAUUGUGCACUUGGGACUCCUUGAUACAAAUUUCACGGGACAGAUUUGUGCCUUGGUCUCCACACCCACCCCCCCGUCACUAUCCUGAAAGGGACGCAACUUGCUCAGCUUGUGCCUUUUAAGUCCUCUAUUUGCAGGACAGCUGACCGCUCGCGUGGAGUUGGUGGCUUUGGAUCCAUUGGGCCGCCUCAAGUUCACUGGAACACUGUCCUGACCAAGGAACGUCCCGAGAUGCUGUGUACCCUGUCCAUCCCUGGUGCGACGCCGUCAGAGAUUCGCCUCCAUGGGCUUCUCCACAGUGGCACUGACAUCACCGCUCUCUCCCUUGCCCCCUGGCCCCUGUACUGGCCCCUGAAUCCGGUGGAGACGCCUGUCACGGGACUGGGGGGAACGGCGUGAUGUUCUGUGAGCCAGCAGUCCCUGCUGGUCACGAACCCGGAGGGACAGAUGGCCUGGAUCAGGCCUCAUGUUACUUCUACUCCUGCUAACCUCUGCGGGAGGGAUGUUCAGUCAGCGUGGGGAGUGCGCAUCGGGACAGGUUUUUGAUGGGGGCCACUGCGAUGAAGGGUGCAGAGUGUCCUACGCCUCCUAUACAGUGGUUGGUGGACAAACCUGUUUGGGAAAACCAGUGGCCGCUCCCUCAAGAUAAAUUGGUCGCCCUUCGAAAUCUGGUACAGGAGCAGUUGGACCAGGGUCAUCUGGAGCCUUCUUCCAGUUGCUGGAACACUCCUGUCUUCUGCAUCACAAAAAAAUCAGGGAAACGGAGGUUGUUACAAGACCUCCGAAAGGUCAAUGCCGUGAUGGAAAGCAUGGGAACAUUGCAGGCGGGCAUGACAUCGCCUACCAUGCUUCCCACAGACUGGCUGGUCCUCACUGUGGAUCUGAAGGAUUGUUUCUUUACAAUUCCUUUGUAUCCCGAUGACAGUCCAAAAUUUGCCUUCUCAGUGCCAGCAAUUAACAACGCUGAGCCCACACAGAGAUAUCAAUGGAGGGCCCUUCCCCAGGGCUUGCAAAACUCUCCUGCCAUAUGCCAAUGCCAUGUGGCUCGGCUCUUGUCUGGAGUUUGCAAGCAG